AUGGGCGCGUGCUUCGACCCCGAGGACGUCACGAUCCGACGCCAGCUCGGCCAGGGCUCCUUCGGCGAGGUGUUCGAGGGCGUCCUGAAGGUGCCGUCCGCGGACCCCGAGGCCGGCACAACGACCUCGGAGCGCGUCGUGCUCAAGCGGGUCCGCGGCCAGGUGUCUGGCGCCGCGGAAAUGGGCGAAAUGGAGCACGCGCUCAACGUGGCCGUCACGCAGGCGUGCCCGGGCGCUUGCGCGGACUUCAUGGGGUAUCUCGAAGUCGACAAGCCGCCGUCGCGGUCCUCGCGGCUCACGGCGGGCCGCUGGCUCGUGUGGCGCCUCGAGGGCAUCAACACGCUCCAGUACUACUUCCGGCGAAGGGACUGCCUCGCCGUGCUCGCGCGCGACCUGGGCAUCAAGGAGGCCGCCGUGCCCGCGACGGUCGUGAAGCACCUCAUGCAGAACCUCACCGCGCUCCACAAGGCCGGGUUCGUCCACCGCGACGUCAAGCCUCCCAACUUGCUGCUGUGCGAGCGGACGCAGCGGUUCAAGCUCAUCGACCUCGGCGCGUGCGCGGACCUCCGCUCCGGCACGAACUACACGCCGCGCGAGACCAUCCUCGACCCGCUGUACUGCGCGCCCGAGCAGUACGUGCUGCCGAUCGACAGCCCCGACAUCGCCGCGACAGCCAAGCCGAUCGCCGCGCUCAUGGGCCCGCUCCUCUGGGCGCAGUACAAGCCCGACAAGUUCGACAGCUACUCCGUCGGGCUGAUCCUCAUGCAGCUCGCCGUCCCGGCGCUGCGCACGCCCAAGGGGAUCAAGGCGUUCGGGGAGGGGAUGCGGCAGUGCAGCUUCGACCUGGCGCGCUGGCGGCGCCGCAACCGCCACGUGCUGCCGGCCUCGCAGACGCAGAUCCUCGACCGCGACGGCGGCGCCGGGUGGGAGCUCGCCGAGAUGCUCCUGCGCAGCCGCAGCAUCGACGCCACGACGGACGGCGCGCCGACGUGGGUGUUCGACGAGAUGCGCGGCGGGAACGAGGACGAGCGGCUCUCCUGCGAGCACGGCCUCAAGCACCGCUUCAUCGUCAACCAGGCCGUCGAGACCAAGGGGCGCGCGCCGGGGGAGGCCGCCGCGGGCGAGGAGGCCCCGCUGCGCCGCCGGACGAUGUGGCAGACGAUGCAGGACCGCGUCUCGGAGCUCCAGACGCGCUACACGUCGCAGAUCUUCGCCACGCAGAAGCAGGCCGAGGAGGUGGACAGUCUGACCAAGCGCGUGCAGGCGGGCGAGGACGUCGUCGACGACCUGCUCGAGGCCGAGGACCGCCUCGCGGCGUCCGAGCAGGAGCUCUCCUCGCUCCAGUCCGAGCUCUCGCGCGCCAUCGACGACGCCGGGUCCAUGCUGAAAGGCAUCGGGGGGAGUAUCUUCGGGUCCAAGUCCGGGUCCACCAAAACCGGGUCGGGCUCGGGGUCGGCGUCGAGCGGCACGGACGCAGGCUCGGUGGAGGCCGAGGCGGAGGUCGUGGAGGCCGAGUCCGGCGAGGCCGCGCGCGAGAAGGACCCGCUGUGGGUGUCGGCGAUCUACAACGGGCUCAAGCUCACGGCGGCGGCGAUGCGGACGACGGGCAGCGCGGCGGCGCGGCUGAUCGAGGAGGCCGAGCGCGUGCAGGAGCGCGCGCAGGGGCAGCGUCGCGCGCGCGACGCCGCGGCGAACUUCGUCGUCCUGCUGGACGAGUACAUGACGGAUGCCGACGUGGCGGCGGCAGAGCGGGGCGAGCUCGCGCUGGCGGACGUGCUGCCGCGGCUGGCCGAGGACGAGCGGUUCGCCCCGGUCGACGUCGAGCUGUUUGACGCCGUGCUCGAGGUGGCCGCGUCGGAGCCGGAGGCCACUGGCGUCGAGGACGCGAGCCUUGUGGAGGCCAAGAAACAGGAGCUGUUUGACGCGGUGGUGACGGCGCGGCAGGAGCGGCGCGAGGCGCAGGUGCGGCAGCUGGAGGCGCAGCUGCGCGACGUGCUGCGGGCGGCGCUGGGCGCGCGCGUGGAGAGCAUGACGUGGGCGGAGGCCAAGGCGGACCCCGCGCUGACGGAACAGGCGGGGUACGCGGCGCUGUCGCCGGCGGACGCGGCUCCGGAGAGCGCGUUCGUGCUGUUUGACGACGCGCGGCGCGCGGCGGUGUUCGCGGCGGUCCAGGAGGAGGUGGCGCGCGAAGAGGAGGUGCGCCGCGAGCAGGAGGCCGCGGAGGGCGACUACGUGAAGAUGCUCGCGGAGCUGCGGGAGCCGGCGAUCGACGCGCGGACGUCGUGGGGGAAGGUGCGGUCGCGCAUCCGGGAGGACGCGCGGUACGGCGCGGUGCGGGAGCGGCGCCGCUUGGCGCUGUUCAAUGCCUACGUGGCGAAGCUGAAGGUCGAGGAGAAGGAGCGGGCGGCGGAGGAGAAGGACGCGGCGGAGAAGCAGGCGGCGGAGGUCGCGGCGGCCGCGGAGGCCGAGCGGAGGGCUGCGGAGGCUGCGGCGGCAGAGGCGGACGCGAAGGCGGACGCGGCGGCGGCGGCGGCGGCGGAAGCGGACGAGAAGGCGGAGGCCGCGGCUGAAGUGGCGAAGGAGGAGGACGACGCGAGGGCGAAGGCGGCCGCCGAGGCCGCGGCGAAGGCCAAGGCCGAGGAAGCUGCGAAGGCUCAGGCUCAGGCGGAGGCGGCGGCGCAGGCCAAGGCGGAGGCCGAGGCGGCCGCGAAGGCCAAGGCCGAGGCGGAGGCCGCCGCGCGGGCCGAGGCGGAGGCGGCCGCGGCAGCCAAGGCGGAGGCGGAGGCCGCCGCUGCGGCGCAGGCCAAGCGGGAAGCGGAUCUGGCGGCCAAGGCCAAGGCCGACGCCGAGGCUGCGGCGCGGGCUCAGGCGGAGGCCGAGAUCGCCGCGAAGGCCAAGGCUGAGGCCGAGGCGAAGGCCAAGGCGGAAGAAGAGGCAGCGGCCAAGGAGAGGGCCGAUGCUGAGGCGGAAGCCAAGACGAAGGCCGUGGUCGAGGCCAUAGCGAAGGCCGACGCUGAGGCGGAGGCCAAGACGCAGGCCUUGGUGGAGGCCAUGGCGAAGGCGGAGGCUACGAAGAAGCCGAAGAUCAGCAGGAAGGCGCGGGCGGAGGCGCGCAAGGCCAAGGCGGCGGCCAAGGCGGAGGCGAAUGGGAACGCGAAGGCCGAGGCCGCGGCUAUCAGGAAGGCCAAGUCCGACGCGGCUGCAGAGAAGAAGGCGCAAGCCAAGGUUGCCGCGGAGGCUGCCAGGAAGGCCAAGGCCGAGGAAGCCGCGGAGAAGCAGGCGCGGGCGAAGGCUGCCGAGAAGGUGGAGGCCGAGAGCAAGGCCGAGCCUGCGCACUCGAAGAAGCCCAAGCUCCGCCAGGACGAGGAGGUCCUUCUGUUCUCGUUUGAGGAUCCGAGCCCCGACACGCACUCGAACGGGGGGGCCGACGCCGCGUCGGUGCGCGCGGCGGCGAAGGCGGUGUCCGAGGCCGCGAGGGGCGCGAAGGCGGAGACCGAGGCCGCGAAGCGGGCGCGUGCGGAGGCGGCAGCGAAGACGGCAGCAGCGGUCAAGGCGCAGUCGGAGCCGGACGCGGUGGUGUUCAAGUUCGGGGACGACAACAUCGCGGAGGACGUGGAGCCUGCGGACGCGGCGACGAUCAAGGCGGCGGCGGAAGCGGCGGUGGUCCUGGGGCACGAGCAGCUGGCACACAAAGCGUCGCAGCUCGAGGACGCGGACAGCGACGACGAGGACCUCGAGACGCUGCAGCGGGAGUACAGCGCGCUGCAGGCGAAGAUGCGGAUGAUGGAGGAGGAGCUCGCGCGCAGGCGCCGCGAGGAGGUGUGA